GGCGCCUGCGCCAUUUCCGCCGCUCCGGCCGCGAUGUCGCCGAGACCCUGGUGGCUGGUGCUCUGGCUGCCGCCCCUGGCCACGCUGCCCGCGGGCGCGGUGCGCGAGGAGGAGGCGGCGAUGUCAGUUCCAAGAUGUAAAUCUCUGAAGGAAAUGGACUUAAUUAAAACUUCUGUGUCAGACUGUUACUGCUACAAUCAAAAUUCACAAAUAGAGUGGAUAUAUGUGUGGUCAACUGUGCAGGUGACAGUUAGCAGUUCAGACCUGCUCAGAUUUGUAUAUGUCACAGGAAGUCAUAAUUGCCAGCAUCCAGAAACCAUCCUAUCAUUUAUCAAAUGUGUGACUCAUAACUUUUGGGUACCAGAGGAGUCUAAGGAAAUGACCAUGGCCUUCAGUCCAUAUGGAGAAACUGUGUGCUUCUCUGUGAAGCCCAUCGGGAGGGUGUUCACCUACUCAGUGAGCGUGGACCGAAAGAUUGUGGAUUUCCAACUCUUCCUUGUGUUUGUGGCAGGCAUCUUCCUCUUCUUUUAUGCAAAGACCUUGAGCCAAAGCCCUGUUUUCUAUUACUCUUCGGGUACUGUGUUAGGUGUUCUGAUGACGCUAGUCUUUGUCCUUCUGAUGUUGAGGAGACACAUUCCAAAGCAUAGCACAUUUGGGGCGCUAAUGGUUGGUUGCUGGUUUGCUUCAGCUUAUGCUGUGUGCCGGGUGAUGGAGGAUCUGAAGUGGCUGUGGUGUGGACACAGAGUGUAUGCGUUAGGCUAUGUCUUGGUUGUGGGACUGUCUAGCUUUGCCGCCUGUUACAGGCAUGGGCCUCUCACUGAUGAGUGGAGCAGAGGCCUUCUGAUGUGGACACUGCGGUUCUUCUCCCUGGUCCUGAUCUACGCUGGUGUGGCCGUGCCUCAGUUUGCCUAUGCCGUUAUGGUCCUCCUCCUGUUCUCCUGGAGUCUGUGCUACCCACUGAGAGCACUGGGCUAUCUGAGGUGGCAAGUGAGGCAGUGGUUCACAGCGGAACCGCUGAUGGCGAGGUACCUCACGGACGACGAGUACAGGGAGCAAGCCGAGGCAGAAACAACCAGCGCUCUCGAGGAGCUGCGCCGCGCCUGCUGCAGGCCCGACUUCCCUUCCUGGCUGGCUGUCUCCAGACUCCAGGCUCCUAAAAAAUUUGCAGACUUUGUUCUCGGGGCGAGCCACUUGUCACCGGAAGAAGUCAGCACACACGAAAAGCAGUACGGCCUUGGGGGCGCCUUCUUGGAAGAGCAGCUCUUUAGCCUUCCUACGGACAGUCUCCCUGCAAGUUGACUUCAUUCUGAACAAGAGAGCGGGUAAAAGGCGAAGAUCCUGUUACCGUGGGCAGAAGCAUUUAUGGACCGUGGAAAAAGCGUGCGCUGCCGAGAAAAGCCACCGAGUAAGGAAAAGCACACCUUGAGAACUGACUCUCGGCCCCUCACUUACUGUGCUGUAAGUGGCACAGGGACUCUAGGAAUCACUGCCACCUGCCCUGAGUGAAGAAGACCUUCCUUAGAACCGUGGGAACUGUUCUUGAGGACCAGAAGCAAGGUGCAACUGCCAGAGCCGCAUGAAAAACACAAACACUGUGAGAGACACGUCGCAUGGCGGAGGGAACAGUUACCAGUGUUCUUGUCGAUACCAGGCAAACAACAGUACUCAGUAAUUCACAGUUACUGAGGGCUCCACUUCGUGGAAAGUCAUGGGCCACGGCCAUAGGACACCUGAGUGCCAGCCACUGGGAAGACCACAGUAGCCAAGGGCCAGGAGACCCUGUCCAGUAGCGAAUAAACAAGGGCCAGGCAAAGAAUGCCCGUGAUGUAGAAGGCCUGAUGUACACGUGGGAUUUCAAAAUAAGCACGGAAAGUUGAGUAGGACGAAGCAGGGAAUGGGAAGACGCUUUGUGAGGCCAAUGGGGAGUGAACUGAGAACAGUUUUGUAAAAUGCCGCAAUGAUCGUACAAGUCGGGGAAUGUGAUCAUUAGCAACUGAUGCUCCCCACUUCCAUUUCCUACAGUUGAAUUAAAAUUUUUUCUUUCA